AUCCCACCCACUCUCGCUCGACCAUCCCACCCGAUAUCAUUCCAAUCCGCGGGCGGAUCAGACACAAUGGGUCGCGAAGACCAAGUCGAGGAGCGCGAGGUCCUCGACUCCAUUUUUCCCGAGGAAAUCACAGACCUCUCCGAAACUUCAUACAAAGUAUCGAUAACUCUCGACCCGCCCGAGAAUGACGGCGAAGAAACCGAGCAGCCCAUCAUAUACCUGGAAGUCACAUACCCCGAAGAAUACCCCGAUGUCGCCCCGGAACUCAAAAUCUCCUCCCCACCCAAUGCACCAAAGCAUUCUCGGCUAGACAUCCAAGAGGACCGGGAGCACCUCCUCGAGACUCUCCAGCCCACGAUUGAAGAAAAUAUGGGAAUGGCAAUGGUUUUCACUCUCGUCAGCGCACUGAAGGAGAGCGCAGAAUCUCUUAUGGCUGACCGUGCGAAUGCUGUGCAAGCCGAGAAGGAGCAAAUCGCGGCCAAGGCCGAAGAGGAGGAGAACCGCAAAUUCCAGGGCACACCAGUCAACAGAGAGACGUUUUUGGAAUGGCAUGCACGAUUCCAACAGGAGAUUAUGGAUGAGGAGCAGCGAGAACGUGAGGAGAAGGAAGCGGAAGACAAGAAGAAGAGGUCUGGGAAAGAGGAGAAGAAGCUUACUGGGCGACAGUUGUGGGAGCAAGGUUUGGCUGGCAAGGCCGAUUAUGACGAGGGAGAUGAGGAUGCCAUGCCGCCUAUUGAUAAGCUCAAAGUUUCUGCAUAG